GCCGAAAAUGAAUAAUAUUCUAAAGUGGCUGGCGCUGCUGCUACUCAGCAGUGGUGGCUGCCACGGCGGGGCCGGCUUGUGGCACACUGGCCUUGGCAUUGAUGCAAUGGAUGCGAUAGAUGCAACAAAAUCGCCAUGCGACAAUUUUCACGAUUACGCUUGCGGCAAUUGGUAUGUGAGCUAUCAGCUGCGCUCGCUGGGGGCACACGAUCGGCGAACGGAGAUGCGUGCGUUGAAUAAACAGCUGCUCGUGCAACACUUUGAGGCAAGCGGUGCUGCAGAGGAACAGCAGCAACAACAGCAGCAGCAGCAACUAAACUCCUUCUACAACAGCUGCAUGAGUGGCCGUCAAUCGUUGCAGGUUUAUAUGGACGCAUUGAUGCAACAAUCGCCAAAUUGGCCGCUGAUCGACAAUGCCAGCAAGCAGUUCGAUUGGGCGCGUGGCAAUGCGGCAGUGCGUCGCCUUGGCGCCGAUGGCCUGUGGCGGCUGCUGGUGCAACCCAAUUGGCAGGCGGGGGAGCAGAACAUCUUCUAUCUGCUGCCACCCAGCUUUGAGCUGUUGGGCAGCAGCGAGGAGAGCGAGUUUCUCUAUCAGCGCUAUCUCAAAUAUCUGCUGCUUGAGUUGGGUUUGCGGGUGCGACGCGCUGCCGCACUUGCCGCACGCCUGGUGAGCUUUGAGCGCUCGCUGCAGAAUCUGUUGCCGGCAACGAUGGCGACACGGCACGUGUUGCACAAGCCGUUGACGUUGCAACAGCUGUCACAGCAAUUGCCACAGCUGCAGCUGAACGCGUACUUUCGUCAAUUGCUGGGCGAUAAAUAUACGUUGCAGCUAAUGCUUGUGGCAGAUACCGCUUAUCUGGUGGCAAUGGAGCGUCUGUUGCAUACCGCUGAUCCACUUGUUGUGUCCACUUGGCUGCUGUUGCAGCUGCCCGCCCACUUUGAGCUGAAUUUGCACGAGGAUACCACAUUGAGUGUACAACGCGAGCAUUGCUUGCAACAGCUGAACUCGCUGCAGCCACAGCAACUGACUGAGCUACUGCUGCGGCUGCAGCAUGGCAGCAAUGCGGCAGCAGCCACCUAUUUAAUGCGACACCAGCAACAGAUACGGCAACUAUUCGAUUCGAUCAAAUUACAAUUCGAGCGACUGUUGAAUACAACGCCCAUAUUCGAAAACGAUGCGGCAACAAAAACGCUCGCCUUGCAAAAGUUGCACGCAAUGCGACUCCUCAUGCCACCCGGCAUCCUAUCCAAAGAAGAGGAAGAGCAACAGCAGCAACAGCACCAACAGCAGCAACAGCACCAACAGCAGCAACAGCAGCAACAGCAGCAACAGCAGCCGGAGCCGAGUUACGAUACGUAUCUGUUGAAUCUAUCAGAGGCACAGUCUGUGGCACAAUUUCAAUCGGCUUUGGACUGUUUGCAACUGCCGUGCGGCACAAGUGGUAGCAGUGUGCAACAUGCACUGGGAGCGCUGGAUGUGAAUGUUUACUAUAGGCUCAAGUUGAAUGCAAUUGAAUUACCAUUGGGUUUGCUGCGUCCGCCCCUGUUGCCAACUCGACUCGGAGAAGGUGGAGUAGGAGGAGGAACAACACUGGCUGAACUGGAUGAGGAGGCAGCUGCACGUCUGCUGGGCGGAUUUGGCUAUAUGCUGGGACACGAGCUGAUCCAUGGCUUUGACUAUGAUGGCAUCAACUAUGAUGAUGGCGGCCACAUUGCCGGUGGCCAGUGGCCGCCGCGGGCGAUCAUUCGAUUUGGUUUGCGUGCCGGCUGCUAUUUGGGGGCACGCUACAACAAUGCCACACUGACCAUCAAUGAGAAUAUUGCCGAUAGCGAGGGAUUGCGUCUGGCCUAUGAUGCAUUUAGGCAGUUGCAGCAGUCAACAAAUCAUAAUAAUGCUAAUGAGAGUCAGUCUUCUGCGAUGCGUCCAUUUUUUGUGGCAUUCGCACAGAAUUGGUGUGGCAACAACGUUGCGGCACGUUCCACUAGCAGCAGCAGCAGCAGCAAAGUAGAGCAACCGCAACAGCAUGCAUCGCAUCAGGAGAGAGUCAACAAUGUGAUCGGUAAUUUUCCCGAAUUUGCCGAAGCCUUUCAGUGCAAGGCGGGCAGCAUGAUGCAUCCGCCGGACAAGUGUCGCAUCUGGUAAUGUGGACUGAUCGAGGGAGAGCGGAACAGAGAAUAACAGCAAUCGAAUCCAUCUAACGAUAACUCAAAUUUAUAUAUAUAUAUAUAUA